AUCGUUUUGUAGAUCCGAUGUGAAAAAUGGGACAAAGACAGAGCUUAUAAUAAAUUGAUGAUAAAGUGUUGUCAGUUGUCACACUAGUGGUUUCUAUCAUAAAAAUCACAUGGAUGGGCAUAUGAUUACUGUCAGAUGAGUGUUGCCAAGAAAAAGAUUUAGAUUUCCGAUUCUAAACCAAAACAAGAUACAAUUUAUCGUCUUUAUUGUUCUUCUAAUUAAUCUACAAUUGUGAAAGAAUCCAUAGCAUUAUAGGUUGCUACAAAAGUACAAAGUGCAAUACUGCAAUGGACCCAAAUUCUGAAUUAAUGAAACAACAAAUGAAAGAAGAUAACUAGGAAAAAAGUUUGUGCUGGCCAAUGCAACUAUAAUUCAUUAAUUUGUGACAGCUCAACGCACUGAUGUGAUUGGAAAUCUGUUUUGAUCAAGAAUCCAACUUAGUUGGCAAUUAUUCAUUUUCAAAACUUGCCAGUUUAGGUUAAUUUCUUGUGUUUAUUACCCAACUGUGUCAUCUGUUUACAACUCUUGUUUCAGGCUAGUCUACAGAAAAAGAAAACUGCCAAUUAAUUUCUAGUUCGGUAAUAAACUUGCUUAGUCCAUGUGGUUUUCUAUGGUGCAUUUAGUGGUCCAAUGAUCAACCUGUGUGUACACCAUCUAGUGGUUUUCUAUGGUGCAUCUAUUGGUAUUUUCUCACUUGAAGCGUCCAAUGAUUCUCGAGAGAGAGAGAAUCAUGAAAAGUUAUGUAAAAAAAGACGAAACGCUUCCUUUAGUAUCUCACUUUUUUCCUCCACAAGUGUUUCCCUGGUAAACCAAAAGCUGAUGCAGACACAAGACCAAAUACGCAUCUUCUUAUAUAUUGUCUCUGUGUGUUUGAGUUGUUAUUCUGCUUAGAGAGGAAGAGGGAGAUAUGGAGAGAAUGUCAGCUUGUUUAUGUCUUGUAUUCCUCUUCUUAACUGUUGUUGCAGAAGCAAAGUAUCCUCCUGGAGGUUCCUACCAUCUUUUUUCUUUGAGACAAAACAGUAAGACCUCCAAGUCAAAGGCAGAGUUACCCUUUCACUUUCAGACACGUUACUUCCCUCAGAAUCUUGACCACUUUAGUUUCCAACCAGAGAGCUACAGAAUCUUCCAUCAGAAGUACCUCAUCAGCAGCCAUUUCUGGCGCAAAGGUGGCCCCAUCUUUGUCUACACAGGCAAUGAAGGUGACAUUGAAUGGUUUGCUUCCAACACCGGCUUCAUGUUGGACAUUGCUCCCAAGUUCCAGGCUCUUCUUGUCUUUAUCGAACAUAGAUUCUAUGGAGAGUCGAAGCCGCACAACUUGGCCAAGACAUUGGGAUACCUAAACUCACAGCAAGCGUUGGCUGAUUAUGCAAUCUUGAUAAGAAGCUUGAAGCAGAAUCUAUCGUCCGAAGCCUCUCCUGUCGUAGUCUUUGGUGGCUCUUAUGGUGGAAUGCUUGCAGCGUGGUUCAGGCUAAAGUAUCCGCAUAUCACAAUUGGUGCAUUAGCUUCCUCUGCUCCAAUUCUGCAGUUUGAUAAGAUUGUUCCGUCUUCAAGCUUUUAUAACGUCGUUUCUCAGGAUUUCAAGGACGCGAGUCUUAACUGUUUUGAAGUCAUCAAGAAAAGCUGGAGAGAACUGGAGGUUUUUUCUACCAUGAAAGAUGGCUUACAAGAACUCAGCAAAAAGUUCAGAACUUGCAAGGAUCUUCACGCUGUCUAUCUAGCCUCAAGGUGGCUAGAGACAGCCUUUACUGAUACAGCAAUGGUUAAUUACCCAACUCCAGCAAAUUUCAUGGCUCCACUGCCUGCUUAUCCAGUGGAGGAGAUGUGCAAGAUCAUCGACUGGUUUCCUUUAGAAGCCAGCAAUCUUGAUCGUGCGUUUGCAGCUGCAAGCUUAUACUACAACUAUUCAGGUUCAGAGAAUUGCUUCGAUAUUGAAAACCAAACUGAUCCUCAUGGACUCAAUGGUUGGUAUUGGCAGGCAUGCACAGAGAUGGUGAUGCCAAUAAGCUGUUCAAACCAGAGCAUGUUUCAACCAUUCGAAUAUGAUGAAAAAGUAGACCAAGAAGACUGUCUAAAGGAAUACGGUGUCAAGCCUAGACCACACUGGAUCACCACCGAAUUUGGCGGACAUAGAAUAGAGAUGGUGUUGAAGAGAUUUGGCAGCAACAUUAUAUUCUCCAAUGGAAUGCAGGAUCCAUGGAGCAGAGAAGGGGUUCUGAAGAACAUAUCGAGCAGCAUCAUUGCGUUUGUGACCAAGAAAGGAGCUCACCAUACGGAUCUCAGGGCUGCUACAAAAGACGACCCAGAGUGGCUGAAAGAACAGAGGAGGCAAGAAGUUGCAGAGAUAGAGAAAUGGAUCAGUGAGUAUUACAGUGACCUGAGACAAGAAGAGCAAGCUAAGUAAAAGGACCAAACUCACCACCUUGCGUCUGUGAUGAGAUCGUACAAAAUAAUCGAUUAUUUUCUCCUUACAACCAAAAGAUAAAAUGAUCACUUAGAGAAAAUACCAAUCAACAAGUAGAAGAUAAGAAUGAACUAAGAGAAACCCAUGCAUGCUAGUGCUAGCUAAUAAAUAGAAAUCCAUUGGAUUUGUAGCUAA